UUCAAUUUCAUGAGUUGAAUCCUUUCAUGAACAUAUAUCUCUUUUCAAAACUAUUCAAAUAUCCAAGAUCUAGUUUAUAAAUACGUCUCUUCUUCAAAUCUUUUUUCAUAUUCAUUUUUCUCGCAUGAAACUUUAUCCCUUUUAUAUGGUCGAUGAAGUUCGAUUUAUAUAUAAGAAAGAUAAUUUGUUCUAUUCUAGGGAACUAUUACUCUCUUAAAACUCAAGCACUAGUGGAAUGUGAAGGGUGAAGAUUCGUGUAUAUUGUCUAAAGGUUAUAAUGGUAUAGGAAUCAACCGAAAUUUAAGGGUAUUAAUUUGGGUAGAAAGCUAGAUCGUUGCAUCGGGAGAUCGAAGAAGAAGAUGAACAGGAAAGAAAUUUUACGAGAUUUUCUAUACACAAACGUGAAGAGAAGGAAUUGGGCGGAAGUGAUAAAGAAAUGUGGAGAAGAAAUAGAAGCUUUGUCUAUGAUGCUGACACAAUCAAAGGACACGACGUUGCAUUUGGCUGCGUAUGACAAUAAUAUAGAAGUUGUUGAAACGUUAGUGCGACUGAUUUGUAGCUCUCAAAGAGAGGAAAUUUUUAAGAGUAAAAAUGAGAGAGAGAACACUCCUCUCCACGUGGCGGCGAUUAUGGGAUGUGCUAGAAUGUGCCACGUCAUUGGUUCGGUCAAUCGGAAGCUAGUCGAUGAGAGGAACAUAGACGGUGAAACGCCGCUGUUCUUGGCGGCGCUGUAUGGCCACACCAAGGCGUUUUAUUGCCUUUACGACUUUUGUAAAAUGGAUCUCAAUCGAGCCCGGACCAAUUGCAGAAGGAAAAAUGGAGACACCAUUAUUCAUCGUGCUCUUAAAAACGAGCGAUUUGAUAUGGCAUUUCAAUUAAUUAACAUGAACAAUGAGGCUGCUACCUGGGUAGAUACAGAAGGCUACACCCCUCUCCAUGUUCUUGCAACUAAGCCAUCUGCCUUCAAAAGUGGAGCCAACAUCGGCCUAUUGCAACACAUCGUCUAUCAUUGUAUUUCUGUGGAUGAACUAAAGCCUGGAUCAGCAGCAGCUUGUCACCAAGCAAAAAAACCAACCAAAUCAACGAGAGUUGCUUCUUUUUUUCCAGAAAACUACGCCACUUGCAUUGCUCUUCUUACAAAUUUGUGGGACGGAUUUUUAAUGAUAAUCACUUCUAAACCAGCAUGGAAGAAGAAGAAGAAGAAGGAAGAAGUGAAUCCGUGCGAUUACAAUAAUGAAGCUAAGGGCCCAGAUCUCGAGAAAGAUGCUAACGAAGAAAUUAUCAGAAUCCAUGAACCAGACAUUCCCUUAGAUACUCAUCUUCUCAAAAGAUCUGGUUGUCAUGAAUCAGACACGAAGCCCCCAAGUUCCAUUUUCCCACAAAAUUAUGAUACGUGUAUCAACUUUUUGCAAAUUUUUUUCUCAGCCAUCAUGAUCAUUCUGGGAUUUGGAUCUGCUAAAAUUAGAAAGCUACGAGAGAAGAAACAAAAGAACAGAUGGUCAGUUCAAGUGAUGGAGAAACUUCUGGAAUUGGCUCCACCAGAUAAAUAUGGACAAAAUGGGGAUACUCCCAUGAUAUUAAAUGUACAAUCUGACGAAACGCUUCCUUAUAUUGUUCGAGGAGAUUCAAUUGGCUUCAAUGAAGAGGGAACAGAUGAUCUAACUAAGCCAGACAACAAACCCAAACCUAAUAACGUCCCAGAAAAUAAAGUGCAUAAUAUUGCAAAAGAGACGCCGAUGUUAUUAGCAGCAAAGAACGGGGUGGUUGAGAUGGUGAGAAGAUUGUUCGAACAUUUUCCACUGGCGAUUCGUGAUAGUGAUCCAGACAAGAAGAAUGUGGUUCUUUUGGCUGCAGAGUAUCGGCAACCAGAUGUAUACAAGUUUUUACUUAAGAAAAGGAAUCAUCUUGAACCCUUGUUUCGAGCCGUGGAUAAGAACGGUGACAGUGCCUUGCAUCUCGCCGCUCGCCUCAAAGCUCAUAAGACUUGGCGCAUCAAAGGAGCCGCUUUGCAAAUGCAGUGGGAAGUUAAGUGGUAUCGGUACGUGAGGGAUUCAGUGGAACCCCAUUUCUUCGCGCAAUACAACAACAAGGGAAUAGUUGCAAAAAGCAUUUUCCACACCACCCACAACGAGCUAGGGAAAAAGGGUGGGGAGUGGCUAACCAGCACCUCCGAGUCAUGCUCUUUGCUUGCUGCCCUGGUUUUGACGGUAGCCUAUGCUUCAGCCACCACCGUCCCUGGCGGCAAUGGGGAUGACGGGACUCCGCCAUUCAGACAGGAGACUGGAUUUUUUAUCUUCUCUCUAGCUUCUCUCAUCGCUCUUUGCCUUUCCACAACUUCAGUGAUCAUGUUCCUAUCAAUUUUGACCUCGAGAUUUGAUGAAAAAGACUUCGGCUCGAAGUUGCCUGGGAGAUUGUUCAUUGGCCUUUCCUCACUUUUCUUAUCCAUCGUCGCGAUGUUGGUUUCGUUUUGUGCUGGCCACUACUUUCUGCUCAGCUAUCGCCUUCCAAAAGUGGCGGUUUUAAUCUAUAUUGCAACUUCUCUCCCCGUUGCAUUAUUCUUUGUUAUGGUGCAACUUCCUCUUUUCUCUGAUUUGCUCUUUGUCAUUCUUAGUAAGACUCCUAAAAGGAGCAAUGACGUCAUCUUAAUGGAUGACUCAACCCUACGCGAGGUGGAGAAUCCAAAGAAUGAGGAGGGAGAUAAGAAAAAAACCAAUUACCUAAAAGGAGACAAGGUCCUUUAAUCCUCGAACCCGACUCCUCUCCCGCUUCCAUUUUACUUUUUUGUUUCCUUAAAUACAUAUAUAGACAUGUUAUGUUUGAAUCAUUUGUGGUUAUGGAUGAUAAUAUUUGAAUUUAAAGUUUUGUUCUUCAAUGACUAGAUUGUCAGAAUAAUGUGAUAUAUUGGAACCAUACUUUGAA